UUAUCGACUGGUAUGGUACACUGUAACCACGCGUAACGUUUCGGGGGUGGCGGAAGCCAUGUCCGACAUCGACGAUGAGGAAUCCACCCUCGAACUGAGCAUCCUUCUCCCCUCCGCCGACGGCUUCCGCCGAAGGAAGCCCGCCUUCUUCCUCCCUUCAAAGCCCAAACACUUCGCCGUGGCCUGGAUCGACCCCGCCGCUAAGCGAUCCACCAAGGCCUUCUCCCCCGGUGGCCCCAGCCCCAAGCUCCACUUCCCCCUCUCCUCCCGCGCCCUCUGCGACCCUGCAUGCACCCUCACUGUCCAGAUCCUCUCCUCCCGCUUCCCCUUCCGCCACGCCGCUGCCCCCAGGGUGGAGGGCUCCGCCUCCGUCCCCCUCUCCUCGCUCCCCGCUGGCGCUGGUGACACCCUCACUCUGCUGCUCAAUCGCCCUUCCGGCCGCCCUGCCGGCUUCGUUCGCCUUUCCGUCCGCAUACUCUGGUGUCUGGGGGCGGCGCCGCCGCCGCCGCCGCCGCCGCUGCCAGAGGCUCCUCCAAUAGUGGAGUGCUCUGAUUGGGCACCAAUGGUGGCUACUGGGUUUCCGGUGGAGAGCGGGCAAAUGGAAUUUCCCAUGGCGGAGCCAAAUGCGCCGCCGGUACCAGGUGAGAACGCCGGAGCAUGGAGGAGUUUUUGGGUUGGAUUGGCCUGUGGAACUCUUGCAAUGGUGCUGGUGGGAGCUGCUGGAUUGUCCGAAGGCUAAAGGAGUGAUCUUGCUGCAAUGUGGGUCGGAAAUAGCUACAUGGCGCUUCUCGGUCUUCUUCGUCAUGUUUGCCUUUUGUUUUUUUCAUGGCAGAGCAGAGAAAAGCCACUUUGCACCAUUCAUCUCAACAAAUCUCCAGACUCUCGUUUGUUGAGUUCUAAAGUUUCUUUGAAAUGCAAGGUUCUCAGCGUAAAUUUACAUAUGUAGAAUUAUAAGUUGUUGUGUUUCACACAAGUUUGUCGCUCUCAGUGAGAUAAUAAGCUGAGUUGAAGUCCAAACAUAAUCAAACAAUUUUCUAGACUCCCCAAAACAUGGUCGAGGAAAAAAUAUUCAGAUACAAAGUGUCUCAGAGUUACGGUCGAUGUUAUUGUAGAUCUCUGUCCUAUGGUACAAAUAAGGUUCAUCACAUAAGAUGUUUGCAGUUGAUACAAGUAGUAUGCAGCAACACUAUUAUACUA